UGGAUCGAGGAACUCAGAGCGGGCACAGAGUGGGUACAGCAGUUGGGAGCUUACGCCUUUUCUAGUCAGUACUUCUGUGAAGACCUGCGGUAUGACGCCAAGCUGCCUUGUCUUCGCUUUUAUAAUACAUGUGGUCCUUAUACAUACAUCCACGGGUCGAAUCGUCAGAAAAGGCAACGAAUUGUGGUACGAUCAAGACUGCAAGAAGCCCAGAUGCAUCGGCACACAGAAACUGGUGUGUCCAACUAAGGACACGUGUUCUUGUUACUGUAAGGAUGUCUCGUGUUUUGUACCAAAGUGCUGUGCUGGACAAAAAAGCACCUGUUUAACAAAAGCUGGAUGGUGCGAGUGCAAAUGCAUUCCUCAAAAACUGCAUUGCUCGGAUCCUUGGGGGUCAUAUUGCCCAGUUUAUAACGGUUACAAGUUGGCUGUGUGCGUUGGCAACCAACCCUGCAAAUGCAACUGCGUUGGCCAUUACAACCAGCAUGAACGGCGGGAGUACAAGUACCUUGGAUGACUUCACCUUCCUAAUUUCGGAGUUGCUUGACGACCGUGUGUUGUACCUGCUUCAGAGAAUUCUAGAGAAAUAAACUGCACUCAAUCAA